AUGUCAGAGCCAAAGCAAGGCCCCGAGCUUACCCCUCCUGCCUCCCCCGCCCCCGUCGCCCUCCCCAAGACGGACCAGUAUGCUGCUCGAGGCACCAUCCCAAACACCCUCUUCGCCGUGGCCGUCAUUGCGGCUGUUCUCGGUGCUGUCGCCGGAGGCUCCCUCGCACUUGCUGGGCGGAGAAUAUGGGAUGCUGUUGGGGGAGAGUGGGCCAGGCCCCAGCUGGGAUUGUAUCUGGCAGCGAUGGCAGUGUUCCAUCUGAUGGAGUUUUUCACAACGGCCGGGUGGAAUGCUCAGAAGUUGAGCGUGGAUGCGUUCCUCUUGAAUAACGGGAAGAUGUACCAUCUCGCUCAUGCUGUUGGCCUGGCCGAGUAUCUCAUCUCGUCUUUGGUCUGGCCCAGCAAGUUCAACAGCUGGUACUGCUCUCUCCCCUGGCUCGGUGUUGUGACAAUCCUCAUGAUCACGUCUCAGAUCAUCCGCAGCGGCGCCAUGAUCCAGGCUGCCCAAUCCUUCUCCCACAUUGUCAAGUCUAAAAAGCACGACGACCACAUUCUUGUCCAGCACGGCCUCUACUCUUGGUCUCGUCACCCCUCCUACGCGGGUUUCUUCUACUGGGCGGUCACAACACAACUGUUGCUGGGAAAUGUGGUGGCUACCGUCGGGUUCGUGGUGGUGUUGAACAAAUUCUUUUCCGACAGGAUUGCGGACGAGGAACGGUGGCUCUGCCGGUUCUUCCCCGAGUACCCUGCUUACAGGCAAAGGGUGGGCACGAAGUUGCCUUUCUACUUUGCUAAAUAG